AUGACACCUGCGGACACAGCUAACGAGGCUUUGAAUGAAACACUGGUGGCUGUGCAAUUGUUGAUGAAGCGGUGCAUGACAUUGCGGCAAGGAGAUCCAGAGGCAUUGAAACUAUUGGAUGAGAUCGCCAGAUGGCUUGCAAAUGACUUGGAGCGUCAUGCAGGGAUUGCCACUUCGUUGUCCCCGGAAUUAUUGUCAUGUGCUGCGGUUGUGAGAGACUGCUCAAAGGGUGGCGUCUUUCAGACUUCGCCGGAUUGGGGGUCUGUUACUGACAAGGAUCCGAGAAUUAAGGGUCACCCACGGUUCAACAAGACAAUCAAUUACCGCCCUAUCGUCGGCAUUGAGAGUCCUGUUCUUCCUGAUGCUCAGACUACAACAGCAUUAACACAAAUAUCCUCCUCUUCCUCCUCCUCUGGAACUUCGGCACUGGUCUCAUUGACAACACCACCCGUCGCGGCUGUAUCUACUUCAGCCCCUCCUCCUGGAGACAUAGACCAUUCGAGCAUAUCUGCCGCACCUGCAAUAGAACUGUCGCCUUUGUCACUGUCCCCAUUCUCAAAGGCAUUGGAACCUCUGACCCCCCUUCCUGUGUCAGCUCCAAUCCCGCUGAAAUACAACCUUUUUGUGCCAGGCAUUAAGAAUGCGGUGAAUGCAAUUCCAAAGGGCGGCAAUGGUAAGAAGAGACGGGCAGAAGAUGACCAACUGGUAGAGGCAAAAUUAGUUGACAACUCGACUUCCCAGUCAUGGAAGUCUGUUCCGAAGAGGAAAAGGGUAAUGUUGGCUGAUGAAGACAAUGAAACUACCAACCCAGUUCUGACGCAGGUGGUACCAUCACAACGCAUCAUCAAAGAGGAUUUGGCAUUGGCAGGUUCGCAUCACUCGGAAGGCACAGAUGAUAGAGGUUUCUGGGAUGCAGAAAGCAGGAUCUGUUAUGCGGAGCCCUAA